AUGCGCACAUUCAAUAUUCGGCCAGGUCAGUCUGCUAGUGAAUCUGACCUUCGGAUCCUCGAGUUUUACCAUGACAUGACCUGGCAAUGGCAGGAUAUACCUGGAGAAGGACCAGCAUUGCUGUGCAACACCAUGACGACGUCAAAGCUUCACAUCGCCGAGGAGCUUCUCCAACGCGCCCACUCCCCCGACACAGCCUUGCAACUCUUCACCGAACGCAUCAAGCAGAAACCUCUCUUCCUACGACCAACGUCCCCCACCCCAGCUGACAACCGCUCCCGACGUCGCUUACACCGGCUCCGCAAGAAAGAGUACUUCCUCCGCAAGCAGAAGCCGAAACCUCUGUCUGCGCGCGAGAAGCGCGCUUCGGGGAUCUAUAAGCUACCACCGGACGAAUGCAAAUACGAGAUCUUCCAAGGCCUGCACAAGAUGUGGGUUGAUUACAUGCUGGACGUGCUGGACCUCAAGGACCGCCGCGCUGGCAGCAGCGCCCCCAUCACACCUCUGUCUCACGGGAGUAAGCUGGCAAGUGCGGAUUUCCACGGCGCACAGGUCGAAGUCGUCCGCAGCCAGUGCUCGAGUCGUGUCGGGUUGAAAGGGAUUGUGGUUCGGGAUACCAAGUUUACCUUUGUGGUGGUUACGGAGAAGGAUGAAUUAAAGACUAUCCCGAAAGAGCAGUCGAUCUUUCGAUUUACGGUCCCCCUUCCACUGUCGACAGACAGGGAUACGACUGAGGAGGACAAGAGUGAUGGGGCGAGCGAGCCGUUGGUAUUUGAGAUACAUGGCAGUCAGUUUCGGAAUCGACCGGUGGACCGUGCGAAUAAGAAGUUCAAAUGGAGGAAUGUCGACUACUUAUGA